AAUUCAUUUGAUAAAAUGUUGUCGAUUUAAAGAAUUGCCAAAGAAUAUCAAAUAAUGAAAUAUUCGCUCAUAUUUAUGGUGUCAGUGAUUGUAUGGAAAGUAUCGGCAAAUCUGUCCAAAGAGGCGAAGAAAAGGUGCGAAUCAUACACUUCUAUCUUCGAGAACGACUCAAUAGAUCUACAAUACGCUUAUGUGGAGGAUAUUCAUGACGGAAGGGGCUAUACAUCGGGUAGGGCUGGCUUCACAACUGGAACGGGAGAUGCCAUACUUGUGGUCAAAAAAUAUACGGAAAUGAAAGCGGACAACCCUUUGGCUAAAUUUAUUACAGAACUGGAAAGACUGGCCAAAAAGGGAAGUGGAGAUGUGAGUCGUUUAGGUGGUUAUCCAUCCGCUUGGAAAGAGGCGGCAAAGGAUCCUAAGUUUAGGGAAGUUCAGGACGAAGUAAAUGAUGAUUUGUAUUACAGGCCGGCUAUGGUUAGGGCCAAGAAGGCCGGUGUGAAGAGUGCGACCGGAAUGUGCGCUCUCUAUGACUGUGUUAUACAACACGGAGACGGAGACGAUGGCGACUCUUUGGGGGCUAUUAUUAAGAGAACGGAGACCUCAGAGGGCGGACCCGUUAAGGAUGACGAGAAGAAAUGGCUGAAGACUUUCCUGAAGACAAGGCGUUAUGAUCUGCAACAUCCCUAUAAUAGGGACACUGAAGAGGAGUGGAAAAAUUCAGUCGAUAGGGUGGAUGCUAUGGUGAAGAUGAUAGACGAGGGCAAUAUGGAAAUGAAAGGACCCAUUCAUGUUAAGACUCCUAAUCAUGAUCUGACUAUUCCUUAA